GCCAUCUUAAUUGUUGUGGUAUUAUCGCUGUUUAUGUUUUUGUAAACAAAAAUAGGAUUAUAGAAUGGUCACGCAAGGUGACACUUCAAAAGUGGAUUUCUUAAAUUAGUUGUGUCGUGGAUAGGUAGAGGCAUUUAACAUCGAUCGGCACGGCAGUGUGCGUAUUGCGGCGGGUGGCAGAACGCGAAGUACUGCAUCGAUACAAUGAUUAAUAUGUUGCCAUUUUUCGAGGAAUCGGAAGAGUUUCUUAACAGUUGGACGUUUGGAUUUUUGGCACUGAUCGUGGUGUACUUUGCGUGGCGCUCGACAUAUGUACGGGAGGAUCGUCCCAACUCGCAAGCCGCUGUUCUAGUCAUUGAAAACAACCUGAGACGGCUGAAUCGGAUCACUCAACAACCGGUCACUAUCAACAUUCUUCGAAGCUCGUCACAACAGUCUAAUAUCUCCAACGUGACCGAAACGGAAGAAUUAGACUUGGAAAACGACAGCAUCGCAUCGUCAAUUGAUAAUAUAACACAGUCCAUCUUGACGGAGGCGUCGGAAUCGGCUACGGGGCUAGACAUCAGCGAUUCCGAAACCUAUCCCAGUACAUCGGGAGUGGGAGGUCGAAGCAGUUUGGACGAAGUAGAUCUCGGUCCUGAAGAUAUUAUACGCCAAAUGGACCGUGAUUUGGAUGACACACCGGCAUCAACGUCGGGAACUCAGAGUGGCGGAACUGAUGGACUAAGAAACCGUACUCAGAGUCAAACUGCUCAAAAAGAAACCUCGGGUGCCGCAUCUACGGUCAGUAGUGCAACGGACAAACCAAAAGAGCAACUGCAAUCAAAGCAGAUUAGAAUAAAGUUAAAAUACUUGAACGACGAUUCCAAGCUGGUGGAGGGUAACCUCAACGAAGGGAUUGGUGAAUUUAAAAAGCGAAAUUUCACAAUCGAAAUAACAGCCAAGAAGCUGGUUCGGUUGGUGUUCAACGGUCAUGUCCUGCAGCCGGAUUCGAAGACUUUGGCUGCAUGUGGCCUGUUCGACAACUGUGUCGUGCACUGUCUGAUACAUAAUCCCAAACCUCAACAGGGAACGGGAGAUGGCAAUGGCAGUGGUACCGGUUCGGUAGGAGAUAAUGGAACUAACGAUGGAGUUGGAUACGCUACCGGUGGAGGUCUUGCUGGGGGAUCUACCGGGCGUGAUAAUCACACCCGGUAUGGGACAUACUUUAUCUAUAUCGGUACGUUAAUCUUUUCCGUGGCUAUUUCUUACUGUUGGUACUGCCGCUAUAACUAUGGGAAUUUGUUCAAUCUGAACUCGACCAUUGGGUUGAUCGUGACCACCACCAUAUUCCUAAUCAUGAUGCCGACGAUUAUUCUGACCGAUAGCAACAGUGCGAAUUAAGAUAUAUGAUUUUUACAUUCGGUAAGUACCGAUCGAAUUGCUGACAAACUUAUGUAUUUUAAUUGGACCGAACUAUUUUUCGUUGUAAUAAAUUAUAUCAUCGUUGUUUCCCGGGAUGAAGCUCCAACUUGUACAUAAUUCCAAAAUAGUGAUAGUUUUGUAUCUAUUGCAUUGAAUAUCCACACUGGCUAUAAGCUCCUUGAA